CUCUCUAUAGGCUACAGUAGUUUUAGAAAAUAUCAUCAUUUGUUUGGUAAGAACAUUUCUAUGUACAGGUACGCUGGUCGAAAAGUUAGUUUUUUUGUUGUUUGCGUCACAAUGCAUGGAGAGCACACAGUGGCAGAAAGCACAAUUGCAAGCUUAAUUUUAUUCUAACAUUGUAAGACAGUCAAGUGAGUUCGAUAGCAAAGUUCCAAGAUGUGAAGCGUAGAAUUCUAGUAUUUAUCGAAUUCGCAUCGGGGACAGGGCCGUGCACAGACCUUUGCUCAACGUUAAAAAAGUGAGAGAAAGAACAAACCGGGUCAGUCCCAAGGAUAACUGUUAAACCACUGCUACUGCAGGUUUCAUUGUCCUCAUUGGUUGCACCAACAUGUACAUGUAGUUCCUCACAUAGACACUACAGUGAAAGUAUUAAUGAGAUAAUGGACUUCUCCACAGGGCUCUACACUCUCUCCUCAUGCGUUGCUCAUGAGUAUCACUUUGUGAAAAUGAAUAAGAACUGGACUGAAGCACAGAGAUACUGCAGAGAGAAGUACACUGACCUGGCCACCAUAGACAACAUGGAGGAUAUGAAGAGGCUGGUCAACACUGUAGAAAGUGGUUAUAAUGGAUCAGCCUGGAUAGGGCUGUAUAAUCAUGUUAACAGUUGGAGGUGGUCUCUGGAAGAUAGUGGUUUCUAUGGAGACGGAGAGGCUGAGUUUAGGAACUGGGACAGGUCAGAUGGUAAAUACACUGAACAGCACUGUGUAGUGACAGGAGAUCGUGGGACAUGGUGGGAUGACAGUUGUAACAUAAAAUACUACUCGGUCUGCUACAACGGUGAGAACAUGUUACUCUUUGUUCUAUUUACAGCUCUGUGUUUGUACUAUCAGAACAUUUAAAAAUAGGAAAUAAUUAUAACAUUAUCAUAACUUCACAUUACUCUAACAUGCAUAUGCAGUGACACUAUGUAAACAUUACUGAAAACAAGUAUAGAUUUCUUGUGAAAUAUUUACCUGGACAUCAAGAUGCAUUCAACAAUUGCAGGAAACACAACCAACAUUUCUGAGAGGUUCAUCUUGUCAAAGGAAAGUAUGACAUGGGAGGAAGGGCAGAGCUACUGCAGACAGCACUACACAGACAUGGCCAGUGUGAGGAACCUGGCUGAGAGCCAGAAGAUAGGGAACAUGUUACCGAAGGAAAGCUGGGCGUGGAUCGGCCUGUUCAGAGACUGGAGCUGGUCGGACCAGAGUAACUCUUUAUUCAGAUACUGGCAUACAGGAACACCCAAUAAUCGCUACGGGAACUGUGUGUCGGUGUUCGGUAAAUCAGGCGAAUGGACAGACUACACAUGUGAGACAAAACUUCCCUUCUGUUGCUACAGUGUCUUAGUGAAGAAGACACAGCAGGUUGUGAGAGUGAAGCUGACCCCAAAGGACCAGAACAUGGACCUGACUGAUCCUGCCGUACAGGAGGCCAUCUUGCAGCAGAUAAAGAAGGAGCUGAGGGAGAAGGGGAUGUCUGAUGACAUCAAACUGAGAUGGAAGGAGCAGCCCGAUGGAAAGAUCUUCCACAAGGAAGAAAAGGAGAAGAAGUUAGGAGGAGAAACUGAAUCGAGUAUCAAGCUGGAACUGUAAAUACUAUUACAGGAGAGACUAAGGGGACUUUUCUGACCAACAUCCCAUUGACAGUCAGACUAGCCAAAACCCUAAAACUAACCCUUACCGUAACCCUAACCUUAACCAACCCCUUAACCCUAACCCAACCUUAACUUCCCCUAAUUUUAACCAAUUUCGAAACUAAAUAAUGGCUUGCACGUUAGUCAAGUCCCUUUAGUUUUUCCCUACUACUACAUAAAACAAAUUUAAAAAAUUGUAUCCUGUUCUUUAUUCUCAACAGCCAACAAUAUUUUAAUAUUUUUACUGACACAUUAUAAUGUCAAAUUGCAUUUGGAUUGUUUUGGCACUUAUUGCUGCAAUGAAUUGUUCAAACUAUAAUUCCAAGAAACGUCUAAAUGUUUCAGCUUUCUUGUUAUUGAUUCAAUGUAUUUAUUUUUCUUGUGAUUUCUCAGUUUCUAAGUGUAAACAACUAUCUUAACAUGAAAAGUGUGUGUUUGUAUUUACAUUAUGUGGGUUAAAGGGGAAAUAGAUGUAUCUCUGUGUUUAUUCAAGUAGGUUCAAUGGGCACAGUCGCCACAGGGAGAACAUGUGUAAGUUAUUGAUUUAUAUGUAAUCGAUUAAU